UGAACAUGCUCUUCUUAGGCUUGGAUCAUUGAAAGGUUCGUAAACAAAAAUAAUUCUGCUAUAACGAAGAGUUAUCAGUGAUGCUUUCAAAAUCGUCGUAGAAGCGCAAUUUCAAAAUGAAUUCUUGCAAAGAACAAACGUGUUUGCCUCUGAAGCCAGAUACAGUGAUGGAGGCCGACGUGCACAAUAACAGUGUGCCGUUGGAGAACGGCAGCCUAGCCCCUGUUGACCGUCUGCGCCGUGACAGGUCAGACAGUCCUACGCCAGGUCUAGUGGAGGGGACAGAACCAGGAGCCGGACUAGACAGCGCCAUGUUUGUCCACGCGCAGUCUUUUGAGGACCUGACUGCAGAUGGGGAGCAAGAGGAGGAGGAGGUGCAGGUGCAGGAGGGGGGAGACGGCUCAGAAAGAGGCCUGGAGGUGGAGAAGCCCAGGGCCGAAGGAGAAGAGCGCGAGGAGACGCAGGGACAGCAGGAGGAGGAGGUGCAGCCAGGCGGGGGCAGGGUGAAGGAGGAGGACAUUAACAGCGAGGGGUGGAGGAGUCACAGGAAACACGUGUUUGUGCUGAGUGAGGCGGGGAAGCCCAUCUACUCCCGCUACGGCACAGAGGAGGCGCUCUCCAGCACCAUGGGCGUCAUGAUGGCGCUGGUCUCCUUCGUGGAGGCGGGAAAAAACAUCAUCCGCUCCAUCCACGCAGAGGGCUAUAAAGUGGUGUUCCUGCGCAAGAGCCCCCUGGUCCUGGUGGGAGUAUCUCGAACCCGCCAGUCUGAGCGGGAGCUGACGCGCGAGCUGCUGUACAUCUACUACCAGAUCAUCAGCCUGCUCACUCUCACCCAGCUCACCCACGUCUUCCAGCUCAAGCAGAACUACGACCUCCGCCGGCUGCUGGCCGGCUCCGAGCACCUGACCGACAACCUGCUCCGGCUUCUGGACCGGGACCCGGGCCUGCUCCUGAGCGCCGUCACCUGCCUCCCGCUCCCCAGCUCCACCCGAGACACCAUCUCCUCCAGCCUGCAGGCGGCCAAGGCCAAGAGCCUGGUGUUCUCCAUCCUGCUGGCGGGCAGCAGGCUGGUGACGCUGGUACGCAAGAAGGACCAGGUCCUGCACCACAUGGACCUGCACCUGCUCUUCAACCUGGUGGGCUCGUCCUCGUCCUUCCGCGAGGGCGAGGGCUGGACGCCCAUCUGCCUGCCCAAGUUCAACACGGCCGGCUUCUUCCACGCCCACAUCUCCUACCUGGAGCCCGCCUCGGAGCUCUGCCUCAUCCUGGUGUCCACGGACCGGGAGGACUUCUUCAACCUGUCCGACUGCAAGCGCCGCUUCCUGGAGCGCCUGCGUCGCCGUAGCGCCUACCAGGCCCUGCAGGAGGCGCUGCAGGCCCCCAGCUACCCCGUGGCCCAGGUGGGCAUCCCCGAACUGCGCCACUUUGUGUACAAGAGCAAGAGCUCCGGGCUUUACACCAGCCCUGAGAUUCCCAUUCCAUACCAGUGUGAGGAGGAGCAGGAGAGGCUCAUGAGACUGUACCAGUAUUUGCACAGUAGAAUGCAUCACCCGACACGCCCGCUACGCUCCAUCUACCGUUGUGCUGACAAGGAGAACCUGCUGGCCUUGGUAACGAGUGGCUUUGAGCUCUACCUCUGCUUCAGCCCUCUGGGGACGAAGGCUCUGGCUGUGUCCACCAUCAAUAAGCUGCUGAAGUGGAUCAGGAAAGAGGAAGACCGUCUCUUCAUCCUCAAUCCGCAGACAUACUGAGCUCCGAACCAUCCUCCCGCCAUGUUAGGAAACGCACACCCAAUGCUGUUCAAGCUGCAAAACUACAGCCUUGAGCGCGACCCAACUGGAGCUGAGGUCCAAUCAAAACAAGCUCUAUAGACUGGCUCGAUUGCGCACCUGCUGAUCAUGGGCAUUCAUGCCGUUUUUUGGUCUGUGUGUGCCGACUCAAUCACGGCUCACCGUUGGUUACGGUUGCAGGCUGGGUCAGUGUUUAGAUUUAAUCUGCUUCCUAGCUAAUAGUCAACCAUUUCAGCUUCUCAAUGAUCAGGGUAUGGGAGAGAAGUAUCGCUAAUGUCUAAAUUAAAAUGAAUUUAAUAAAAUAUAAAAAGAAUAACGAUAUUGAAAAUUCUUAAUGAUGUAUAAUAGUUUAAGUAGUUAUCAUUGCUGUGCCCACAUUUUGAGGGCUGAACAAGUUUUGCCUUUAAGUUGUGACCCGUCACUGUAACAGGCUACCAUGCAAACAUAUCAGAAAUACCCCGCUGGUUAUUUUGGGCGAGAACAAGGAAAGCAAAGCAAACAAGCAGGCACCAUGGGGAGCAGUUUUAAAGACUUGCUGGAAUCAGAAUGACCAAGUAAUGUGCUUAUGAAUAUGUUCCAAAGAAUGUAGCUACUUGAGAACAAUAACUGAGAAUCUCAUCUCACCAGGACCUUUACAACUGUGAUGGGAACUUUAUUAACAUUUUUUACUAUGCACACACGUUGUGUGCCUCUCCAUUCCAGUCUUGUUUUUAUUUUAUGCUUUUAGAGUGGACAUGAAAAUUGUGGGGUUUUUUUGUUUUUAUUUUUUCUUGUUUCCAGUUAUUUUGAAUUUUCUGUUGCGGUGUGGGACUUGUUAUCAAGGGGUUGAAUGGGGCCUUUAAAAUGUGCACCUGUGUCAUGGAUUAGUCUUCAUAGAGGAUACACGCAAGCAAUACUGUUAUUUAUUACUAUACAGUGAAUCUCUGCCCCCUUCCACGUGUAGUUCAGCAGACCAAUGACUAUCUGUAUGUCUUACUGCAAAUAUUAAUCUUAGUAGCUGUAGCACUCAACAACAAGCCUUUUAUUUUGAAACGGAGCGCUUAAUUAUUUUAUGGAGUAAUAAAUGAGUAAUUUGACAUUAUUUGUUCAUCUUUUCCUCAUCACCCUUCUUAUCUCCCCUUCGCUGUGCUCUCAGACAGCAGUUAUUGCAGUGGCCACUUGUGUUGUAGUGACUGAUUUAGGACUUGUAAGCUUGCAAGUCUGUCAUGAAACUGUACGCAUAUGGACAUUAGUAGAAAUGGCAGCAGCAUCCUUAACCUAUGUGGGGUUGAGCCAUUCUAGGUCAUGCUACAAGCGUACAGCUAGAGUUCUAUAUCCUCAGUGGAAGCCACACCUCCCCUGUGCUGCUUCCUGUGGCACCAGAGACCGCUGAAAGGGCUUCACGCCAGGAGAGCUCUCCUUCCCUAUCUCACCGCCUCUGCACUUUGUGAUUAUUUGUGAGAUCUAGCAUAAAGGACUGUUUUUGAGGUCUUAAUAAUCGGAAUAAAAUGAUUAAAUAUGUAA